AUGCACUCCAUCAAGCGUACCUUGCUCCUUCUCGGAGCUAUCCUUCCCGCGGUCCUCGGUGCCCCUGUGCAGGAGACCCGCCGCGCUUCUGAAAAGCUUCCCGGAAAGUACAUUGUCACCUUCAAGUCUGGCAUCGACGACGCGAAGAUUCAGGAGCAUACCACUUGGGCUACCAACAUUCACCGGCGUAGUCUGGAGCGUCGUGGUGCCACCGGCGGUGAUGGCCCUAUCGGCAUUGAGCGCAACUACAAGAUCAACAAGUUCGCCGCCUAUGCAGGCUCUUUCGACGAUGCUACCAUCGAGGAGAUCCGCAAGAACGAAGAUGUUGCCUACGUCGAGGAGGACCAGAUCUACUACCUCGAUGGUCUGACCACCCAGAAGGGUGCCCCCUGGGGUCUGGGAAGCAUUUCCCACAAGGGCGAGCAAAGCACCGACUACAUCUAUGACACCAGUGCCGGCGAGGGCACCUUUGCCUACGUCGUGGAUAGCGGUGUCAAUGUCGACCACCAGGAGUUCGAGGGCCGCGCCAGCAAGGCCUACAACGCUGCCGGCGGCGAGCAUGAGGACACCAUUGGCCACGGUACCCACGUUUCCGGCACCAUUGCUGGCAAGACUUAUGGUAUUUCCAAGAAGGCCAGCGUCCUUUCGGUCAAGGUUUUCCAGGGUGAAUCGAGCAGCACUUCCAUCAUUCUUGACGGCUUCAACUGGGCUGCCAACGACAUUGUCAGCAAGAAGCGUACUAGCAAGGCUGCAAUCAACAUGAGCUUGGGCGGUGGCUACUCAAAGGCUUUCAACGAUGCGGUCGAGAACGCAUUCCAGCAGGGUGUUCUCUCCAUUGUCGCUGCCGGUAACGAGAACUCUGAUGCCGGCCAAACCAGCCCUGCCUCUGCCCCUAAUGCCAUCACUGUUGCCGCUAUCAGCAAGAGCAACGCCCGCGCCAGCUUCUCCAACUUCGGCAAGGUCGUUGAUAUCUUCGCUCCCGGCCAGGAUAUCCUUUCCGCCUGGAUUGGCUCCUCUUCUGCCACCAACACCAUCUCUGGCACCUCCAUGGCCACUCCCCACAUUGUCGGCCUGUCCCUCUACCUCGCUGCUCUUGAGAACCUCGACGGCCCUGCUGCCGUGACCAAGCGCCUCAAGGAAUUGGCCACCAAGGACGUCGUCAAGGAUCCCAAGGGCAGCGUCAACCUGCUUGCCUACAACGCCUCCAAGUUUCUCCAUUCGACUUGGUCUAUUGAAUAUCUUUUGCCGCCCAAGAUGAACUACAAAAUGCCCGAGAUCGCCAUGUCUCAGUUUGAGACAGACAAAGGCAUUUUGGAGCCCCAGCUGAGACAAUAUGGCCUAGAGUUCGCGACUGACGGAUUCCAUAUCCGAUGGGCGAAAGGAAAUCAGCGUCAUCCUCGCAAUUGGAGCAUUGUACGGAAAGCUUAUGACACUAGUUUGAUCAUCUUCCUCGAGCUCUUCACGACUGCCAUCAGCGCGUCCGGCUCUACUGCUGCCAAAGAUGCCACACCUGAAUUCAACAUCGAGAAGGAACUUGCUAUAUUUGUAUUUGUAUCAGUAUAUCUGUUGGGCCAGGGCCUCGGUUCCAUCAUUUUCCCUCCGUACUCGGAAGCGUUCGGCCGCAAGAACCUCUAUGUACUCAGUACGGCGCUGUACAGUAUCUCUUGUGUCAUCGUGGCUGCAGUCCCAUCUUUAUCUGGCGUGGUCAUUGGUCGUCUUUUCAGCGGAAUUGUCUCGGCGAUCCCGACAACAGUUGUGAUUGGCAGUAUCGAGGAUAUGUUCAAUGCUAGAGACCGCGUCUGGGUACUUUGUCUCUGGGCCAUAGUGGCUAACCUAGGGUUGGUGACCGGACCCAUAUUGAGCACCUAUAUCGUGGCGGAUCUGAACUGGCGGUGGUUAUUCUAUGUGGCCGCCAUUGUGACCGGUAUCCUCACCUUCGUCCUACUGACCCUCCGCGAAUCCCGUCCCUCCUUCGCCAUCGCAGUUGCUCUGGUUUACCUCUUCACAGAAGCCUUGCCUCCAAUCUACGAGGAUUUCGGUUUCAGCACUAGACAAGCAUGUCUCCCGUUCAUUGCUAUCGGGGUCGGUCUGAGUUUCGGGUUCUUUACCCGCUAUAUCGAUCUGCAUAUCAUCGAUAAACACCGCCAGAAGGGCCAGCCACUCCUCCCCGAGCACAAGUUGACUGGUUUCUGGAUUGGAGCCUUCGUUCUCACAGUGGGACUCUGGGGUUUCGCCUGGACUGUGCCCCCCUACAGGACUGACCUGCACUGGAUAGUGUCUGUCUUCUGCCUGGUGCUGGUUGGAUAUUCGUUGAACGAGAUUGAAUACGUGCUGGGCGGGUACUUGACAGACAGCUAUCUUAGCUAUGCAGCCAGUGGACUGGCUGCCCUGGCUAUUGUCCGAGCCCUCUUAUCUGCCAUCUUGCCGCUCAUCGCUCCGCCAAUGUUCUCGCGCCUCGGCAACAAUAUGGCUAUCUCCGUGCUGGCGAUCAUUGCGACCAUGUUCUGUGCAAUCCCGCCCCUGUUCUCACGGUUUGGAAAGCAGAUCCGCGCCAAGAGCAAGUUUGCUAAGUACAGCUUGCGCAUGUAUAACGAGCAUAGUGUUGACGAGGACGGAUACUAA